AAUUUGAGCAACGACUCUUAGACUAUUUAUUCAGUGAAGGAAUAUUCCAGGCAGUGCAAUAACAUCUCCAUGGAGACAAUAGGUAGUGGACCUCUCACCCGAAAAGUUACAUAGUGCACCUUUAACCCUUUAAAGGAACCGAAUCAAUGCCCCUCUCCAUAAAACAGAAAACAAGCCGAAACACAGCACACAGACUUGGGGUCAAACUCCACGUUUCUUGUGCUCUGGACUGCUGCUCACUUUGGCCAUACAAACCAGCAACAAUGCAACAAGUGAAGACGCCUUCCUCAAACCCAUCUCUGGCGCACUCAUUGCCCCCUCUCACUCUCACUCGACUGGCCCAGGAGUGGCUGGCAGAGGACACCCCACAUCUGGACCCUGCUGGAGUGUGCGUGGGGACCAAAGAAGUGGAGGCAAAGCUUCUUUGUAAAAGCCCAAACAGUGUUCUGGCCGGGAGCCCUUUCUUCACCGCAGUGUUCAGGGAGGUGGGCUGCUCUGUGGAGUGGAGAUACCAGGAUGGAGAGCGAAUUGGUGCAGAUGCUGUCACACUGACUGCUGUAGUGAAAGGCCCAGCAAACUGCCUUCUUUUGGGGGAGAGGCCUGCUCUCAACUGCCUGGCUCGCGCCUCAGGGAUAGCCACGCGCUGCUCAGAGCUCCGGACCUCAGCAGCUGCCGUCGGGUGGAGCGGAGAAGUGGCCGGGACUCGAAAAACCACCCCCGGCUUCCGUCUGGUGGAGAAGUACGCUAUGUUGGUGGGAGGAGCAUCCACACACAGACACGACCUGAGUGGGAUGGUGAUGCUGAAAGACAACCAUGUGUGGGCCUCAGGGAGCAUCACAGAGGCCGUGAGGGCAGCCAGAGCCGUGUGUGGCUUCAGCAGUAAAGUGGAGGUUGAAUGUCAGUCUGUGGAGGAGGGUUCAGAGGCGGCUGCUGCUGGAGCUGAUAUAGUGAUGCUGGACAACUUCCAACCACAGGAGCUUCACGCAGCCGCUCAGAGACUCAAAAAGGACUUCCCAUCUAUUCUGAUCGAGGCCAGUGGAGGAGUGAGCCCUGAGACCCUGCAGCAAUUCUGCUCUCCCCACAUCGACGUCAUCUCCCUGGGCUGCAUCACUCAGGGCUGCCCUGUGGUGGACUUCUCUCUGAAGGUCAUUCACUAAGCAGUCGCUGUCAUUGUUCAGUUAUUACAGUGUUUUGUUUUGUUUUUAAACUUUAUAUGUAUUCUAGUAAUUUUACAACAUAGGAUAUAUAACAACGGAACAAGAAAACACACUAGGGGUAUCGAAGAGGUGUCAAAUAUACAAUCAACAAAAGUAAACAAAAACAAACACAAAUUAUAUUAAAUACAAGGUCGGCUGAUGAGGCGUCAAUCCUUCUCUUUCUGCAGCCUCAAGGUGAAAGUUACACACUCCAUGGAAGAGAUGUUUUUAUAGUAGCUAACCACUGACUAAUAGUAGGUGUAUCUUUAGUAAGCCAAUGCUUAAUAAUAGCCCUCUACUUGCAGCCAUAAAGAUUUUUAAAAGAUAUUUAUCACCUUUAGUCAAAUUGUGAUCCAAAUUACGCAGAUAAAAAGAAACACAUGUAAAUGCAGCGUCAAAGCCUAAAAUCUCCUUUACUGUGCAGUGAACAUCUUCCCAAUAUGAAUUUAGUGCAGUGCAGGCCCAAAAAAUAUGUGUAGUCUGCAGGGCAGACACACCCAGUAUUUCCAGGGGAACUCUCUUCACAUUUAUGAAUGCAUAAUAAUAAUUUGUGUAUCAAUUAUUAUUUCACACUCUUCUGACGUUAUCACUUAUUACAAUGUUGAUUAAAUGGUUUGACACUCUUCCUAUGAUCUUUUCAGUCUGCGUUGUCUAUGCUAAUUAUGUAGGCGCAGAACCAUUUAGUCUUCCUCUUUAUUAUGUGUUAUUUACGACCUCUUUAGUCAUACUUUUAUCGCUGUUAAAUAUACAGUUUGAUGGUAAAGAUAAAACAUUGCAAUAUUUUUUAGAUAUUGUCAAGAUUAAUUUAACUUUUAAACAUAUCUUUAAUUUGAUAAAAUUUGUGAACAAACUUAAAAGUAAAAGAGAAAAAGGGAGGUGAGCUCAAGUCAGAGCUCACCAUAUGCUAUGUGAUCGUCAAAACAGGAAAGACUUAUUCCACACAUCUAUUAUGGACUUUAUAGAGCAAGACUAAAUGGUUAUUAACUGAUUCAUUAUAAUUGAAAGUACAAAAUAAACAUACUUUCUGUUUUUGGGACCUUCUGGCUCUGUUGUAUAAAAAGCAUCCUCUUUCAGCUCAUGGAAGGUUCUACAGUCAAUAAAUACCUCAAAAUAAAAAAAAUUGUAUUACUUUUGCGACUUUAGGCUAAAUGGUAUUCUAAAGAAUGUAUUGUUAUAAUUAGUUGUUGCAGCCCUAGUUGAAAAAUUAUGAAAAGUAAAUGUUCAAUAUCAAUUUAUAAAUGCAUGAAAUAUUAGCUGCUUUGGACUAACCUAGUGGUGCAUGGCGCUUUUUCUUGAUUAUUGCUUAGACCUGUUAAGUGAAUCGUACAUUUUUUAAGAGUGUUUAGACCGAGAUAUAACAGCACAACUCUGAUUAUAUGAUGCCUCAAUAAUUACUCAUUAGUAAUGUUAUUUCAUUUUUACAGAGGCUGUUUCACUAAACACAGACACAGAAAUGCUUCUAAGAACCCAUAGUAUUGUAUCUAAACAUGUCUAAACUUUCUCAAUGACAAAAAAUACUAACUGUUGUUGAAUUACAGGUGCUCAAAGACAUACUACUGUAUCUCCAAGUGUUGUACUAUAUCUGUGUGUAUUUGAUAUAAGCACAUACAAACUC